AUGACCGACCAGCUGCUUAAUAAACUCUACAACAUGGGAGUCAUUCCCACAACAAAAAGCCUCAACCUUUGCGAUAAGCUCUCCGUCUCGUCGUUUUGCAGACGAAGGCUAGCAGUGGUGAUGGUGCGACUCAAGAUGGCGGAACACAUGAGAGAAGCAGUUUCGUUCGUGCAGCAGGGCCAUGUGCGCAUUGGUCCGGAAGCUGUGAGGGACCCGGCGUUUCUGGUGACAAGAGCAAUGGAGGACAUGCUGACAUGGGUGGACACGAGCAAGAUCAAGCACAAGCUUCGGCGAUCCGACCGGCUGCUGGCCGUCCGAUCCGCCGCUCGCAUCUUCCUCCAAAUCCCCUUGCCUUCCGGCAUCUCCCCCGCGGCGCCCGCAGUUCCACCCCAUUCUCUCCACGUCCUUCACCGGGUCGUACGCGAACUUUGCCACGUGGAAGGCAGCGGGCAGGCCAGAUUGAUCCAAUCCCGUCCCGUCCAAUGGGGUGUCGACAGGUGUCGCCCUAUUCCGACACCCCCCUCCGCCGCGUUUGCGCCAUUCCGCCGUUUGAUCCCUGAUCCGCGUGCGCCUGCGGGUAGCAAGCGCAGUUUUUCCGCCGCCACAUCUCCCCCGAUCCCGCCGAACUCCGCUCCGAGCGUUGGCGGAAGCAUUGGCGGAAGUACUGGCGGAGCGGGCGGGCGGAAGGGCGGGCGGGGAUUGGUGGGCGUGAUCACGGCAGCCGCCAUAGCGGGAGCGGCGGGGGGCGCGUAUUAUUGGUGGGAGACAGAAGCAGCGAGAUUCGGACCCGGUCCCGUUAUAAUCACACCCGAUACGAAAGUUGGCUCGGAAGAAGAAGUUAGUAUAUCGAGUCCCGCGGCAGACUUGGGGACUGGGGGAGGGAGGGCUGGAGACACCAUAACGGAGCAGAGGGGCAUAGAGGAGGGGAAGGAGGGGGAAGGAAAUGAGGGGAAGGAUGGGGGAGGAGAGGAGGGGAAGGAUGGGGGAGUAGAAAUUGAAAGGGAGGAGAGAGAAGAGGAGGGGAAGGAGGAAGCGGGAGGCGGAAGGAGGGAGGGAGAGGAGGGUGCGAGAGAAGGGGGAAGUGUGAAGGGGUCAGAAGGUUCAGUAAAGGGGGAGAUUGGGGUGGAGGGGGAAGAUAAGGGGGAGUUAAAGCGAAGGAAAAAGGAGGAGAAGAGGAGGGAGAAGGAAUUGAAGAAGAAGGAAAAGGAGGAGAGGAAGGCGAAGGAGGGGAAGGAGGGAGAGGAGGAUGAGAAUGGAGGAGAGGGAGGUAAGGAUGAUGGUGGGGAUGAGGAAAAGAAGAGGAGGAAGGAGGAGAAAAAGCGCCUUAAGAAGCUGAAAAAGGAGGAGGAAGAGAAAAAGAAAGGAGAAGAAGAGGAAAAGGGGAAGGGGAAGGAGGGGGAGGAGGAAGGAGAAAUGUCGAAGGAGGAAAAGAAGCGACUGAAGAAGUUAAAGAAAGAGGAGGAGAAGGAAGAGAAGAAGAAGAAGGAAGGAAGAAAAAAGAGGGAAGGGGAGGAGAAGGGGAAGGAGGAAGAGGAGGGGGAGACGGAAGGAGAGAAGGGGAAGGCAUGGGACGAAAGCGAAGAUCACAGCAAGGUGGAGGGAGCAGCUGACGUGGCCGCUGACGUGGCAGCUGAUGUGGCAGUUGGUGUGGCAGCUGAGGUGGUGAGGAUCGAGUCAGCAGCCAGGAAUGCGGAGGCGGAGAGGGGAAGGAGGGAGAGGGAGCGACAGCUGGCAGCGAUGCAGAGUGUCCACGUGGCAGAACAGGAUUCGCUGGCAGCGGCGGUGCGAGAGAAGGAGAGGGAGGGGGAGGUGGAGCGGGAACGGAUUGAGCAGCAGAGGGAGGAGAUGGGGAGGGAGUUGGAGGAGUGGGAGGAGGGGGAGGCGAGGAGACAGCAGGAGGAAGAGCAGGAGAUGGUGAGUGAGGGGUUGGGGAAGGAGGCCAUAUCCACCCUGCAAGCAGUGCUGCAGCAGCAGCUGGUGGCAGUGGCAGCAGCAGACGCAGGUUCAACCCAUUUACCCCUCUUCUCCUCCACUCCUUUGCUUCUACCCGUCUCUUCCUCUCCAUCCGCCCGUCCCUCCCUCCAGGCCAUAUCCACCCUGCAAGCAGUGCUGCUGCAGCAGCUGGCGGCAGCGACAGCAGCAGAGGCCGGGGCGAAGGAAGCAGCAGAGGCACAUGGGAAGCAGACAGAACUACUGAAAGAGGAGGAGUGGGGAAUAAGCUCUGAGGAGGGGGAAGGGCUGCAGAGGCGGAGGCGAAGCAGGCAGCAGGGGGACACGAGGAACAGGUGGAAUGGAAGUGGUGAAAGGGGAGAUCUCUGCUCUGAAGGAUGUUUUCUUCCAUCGAUCACAGGAGGACAGGCUGUCAUGGCAUUCACACAGAGUGGCUCUGGCAGCCAUGAUCCUCUCGUCUCAUCCCUCCUGCCACGUGGCGACGACCCAUUGGUCGCUGCGAUCGCCGCCACCCUGCCCAAAUCCGCGCUGGCCAAUGGCGUGCUGACACGUCAGCAGCUGCAGGAGCGGCUGGAGGGGAUGAGGGCGAGAGUGUGCCAGCUGGCGAUGCUGCCGCCGGCCAAUGGGGGGGAGCGGGAGGGCGUGGGAGGGGGAGCAGGAGGAAGAGGAGGAGACGGCGGACAAUUGGUUGAGCCAGGUCUAUUCUCACAAGCUGUGGCAGCAGUGGCAGUUGCUCUCAAGGUAAAGCAUUGUGACAAGGUGAGUUUGGAGUCUCAAAACCUUGAGACAACAGGAGGGGGAGGAGGAGCGGGAGGGGGAGGAGGAGGAGGAGAGCUGGUUGAGCCGGGUCUACUGUCACAAGCAGUGGCAGUUGCUCUCAAGGUAAAGCAUUGUGACAAGGUGAGUUUGGAGUCUCAAAACCUUGAGACAACAGGAGGGGGAGGAGGAGCGGGAGGGGGAGGAGGAGGAGGAGAGCUGGUUGAGCCGGGUCUACUGUCACAAGCAGUGGCAGUUGCUCUCAAGGUAAAGCAUUGUGACAAGGUGAGUUUGGAGUCUCAAAACCUUGAGACAACAGGAGGGGGAGGAGGAGCGGGAGGGGGAGGAGGAGGAGGAGAGCUGGUUGAGCCGGGUCUACUGUCACAAGCAGUGGCAGUUGCUCUCAAGGUAACGUACACUGCCACUAGGUCUAUUCUCACAAGCAGUGGCAGCAGUGGCAGUGGUUCUCAAGGUAUCGUGCACUGUGACAAGUUCCCAGUACCAAUCACAGCAGGGGACACACCGAGCCCUGAGCAAGCCGUUGCUGAAGCGGCUGCUCUGCUGGUGGAGGGGCGACUGGAGGAGGCACCAGGGGCGAUGGAAAGGGGGGUGAAGGGUGAAGGGGGGUGCUGCAUCUUAACAAUUCCCAGUGCCACCUCCCCAAAGCACUCUGACACCUCCCCACUGUUCCUCCCCUUCUCCCAUCUGUCCAUCUCCCUUCCAACACUUCCAGUACCAACCACAGCAGGGGAAGCACCGAGCCCUGAGCAAGCCGUUGCCGAAGCGGCAGCUCUGCUGGUGGAGGGGCGGCUGGAGGAGGCAGCAGGGGCGAUGGAGAGAGGGGUGAAGGGGACACGGGCUGAGGGGGUGGUGAGGCGGUGGGGGGAGGAGGUGAGGGGAAGGGCAGCAGUGGAGCAGGCGGUUAGGGUGAUGCAGGCGCAUACAGGGUGCAUGGCAGCAGAGCUCCGUAGGUGA